CUUUUCCCCCUUUUUUUUUGGCUUCUCUCUUUCCGGUACGCGCCGCCGCCGCCGCCGCCACCGCCACCGCCGCCCUCCCACUCCCACUCCCACUUCCACCCCAUCCAAUCCGCCGCCGUCACGACCGUCGCCGCUGCAGUCGACGACGACAUGGAACGCACUGAGGAGGAGGAGGCGCCCGCCGCCAAGGACCCCAACGCGUCGCUGCCGUCGCCGACGUACAGGUCGCUCGCCGCGCCCGUCACCAAGCCCGUCGACAAGUUCGCGCUCCUUCCUGCCUUCCUCAAGGUUAGAGGCCUCGUUAAGGAGCACAUCGACUCCUUCAACUACUUCAUCACCAAGGGAAUUAGGAACAUUGUCAAGGCAAACAAUCGCAUCGAAGCGCGCAACAACCCCUCUAUUUUUCUUAGGUACAAUAGUGUAAGGGUUGGUGUGCCCUCCGUACAAGUACAAUACAUCGCUGAAAAAAUCACGCCACACUUUUGCCGCCUUACCGAUCGCACAUACUCUGCUCCUGUGUUGGCUGAUAUUGAAUACACAGUUGGAAAGCAGUAUGAGCUGAAAAGGAAGCCUAAUUUCAUCAUUGGGUACUUGCCAAUUAUGCUUAGAAGUCAUGCAUGCGUUCUGAAUGGAAAGGAUGAAGCUGAAUUAGCAAGAUAUGGUGAGUGCCCUCUUGAUCCUGGUGGUUACUUCAUUGUUAAGGGAACCGAGAAGGUCAUUCUUAUACAAGAACAGCUAUCAAAGAAUCGUAUUAUUAUCGACACCGAUAGUAAAGGAAGGGUGAUUGCAUCUGUUACGAGCAGCACACAUGAAAUAAAAAGCAAAACUGUGAUUUUUAUGGAGAAGGAGAAAAUUUAUCUACAGUUGAAUCAAUUCACUAAGCCGAUACCUAUAAUUGUGGUUAUGAAAGCGAUGGGGAUGGAAAGUGACCAAGAGGUUGCACAAAUGGUCGGAAGAGAUCCAAGAUAUGGAGAUCUCCUAUAUCCAUCUAUUCAGGAAUGUGCCUUUGAGAGAAUCUAUACACAGAAGCAAGCUCUGCAGUACAUGGAUGACAAGGUGAUGUAUCCUGGUGCAGGAAAUCAGAAGGAAGGUCGUUCAAAAUCAAUCCUCCGUGAUGUUUUUGUUGCACAUGUUCCGGUUGAAAGCGGGAAUUUCCGACCAAAGUGCAUAUACACAGCUGUUAUGUUAAGGCGCAUGAUGGAUGCAAUCUUGAAUGCCGACACUUUUGAUGAUAAGGAUUAUGUAGGAAAUAAGAGGCUAGAGCUGUCUGGUCAACUAAUAUCCCUGCUUUUUGAGGAUUUGUUCAAAACGAUGAACUCCAAUGCUGUGGAGCUUAUGAACAAAACAAGUGAAAAGAUCCAUUCUAGCCCAUUGGAUUUAAGCCUGCAUAUAAAGGAAAAUAUCAUAACCCAUGGUUUGGAGAGGGCUAUUUCCACAGGAAAUUGGGAUAUUAAACGAUUUAGGAUGCAUAGAAAAGGUGUAUCACAGGUUCUUUCAAGAUUAUCCUACAUGGCAUCUUUAGGCUAUAUGACAAGGAUAACACCACAAUUUGAGAAGACCCGGAAAACAAGUGGACCUCGUGCUUUGCAGCCUAGUCAGUGGGGUAUGCUUUGUCCAUGUGAUACUCCUGAAGGGGAGGCUUGUGGCUUGACAAAAAAUUUAGCUUUGUUGACCCACGUUACAACAGAUCAAGAGGAAGGCCCACUCAUGAAUCUCUGUUAUAGUCUAGGUGUGGAAGAUUUAUCACUUCUGUCUGGAGAAGAAAUCCAUGCAUCGGGUUCGUUUUUGGUCAUGUUCAAUGGGUUAAUACUGGGGAAACACAGACAACCUCAGAGAUUUGCUAAUGCUAUGAGAAAAUUGCGUCGUUCGGGUAUAAUUGGAGAGUUCGUAAGCAUUUUUGUAAACGAGAAGCAGCAUUGCAUUCACAUUGCCUCUGAUGGCGGUCGUGUCUGUCGCCCACUUAUAAUUGCUGAUAAGGGGAUACCAAGAGUCAAAGAGCAUCAUAUGAAACAAUUGAGAGAUGGUAUUCGUUCGUUUGAUGAUUUUCUGCGUGAUGGGUUGAUCGAAUAUCUUGACGUUAAUGAAGAAAACAAUGCAUUGAUUGCCCUGUAUGAGCAUGAGGAUCAAGAUGAUGUUCAAAGAAGCAGUAUCACACAUAUUGAAAUAGAGCCCUUGACCAUUUUAGGGGUUGUAGCUGGACUUAUUCCUUAUCCACAUCAUAACCAGUCUCCCCGUAACACUUACCAGUGUGCAAUGGGUAAGCAAGCAAUGGGAAAUAUCGCGUAUAAUCAGUUAUUCCGAGCAGAUUCUCUACUCUAUUUACUAGUGUAUGCACAGCGUCCCCUUCUUACAACAAAAACUAUUGAGUUGGUUGGAUAUGAUAAGCUUGGGGCUGGACAGAAUGCAACUGUUGCUGUCAUGAGUUAUAGUGGAUACGAUAUUGAAGAUGCAAUUGUAAUGAACAAAUCAUCCCUUGACCGAGGUUUUGGUCGUUGCAUUGCAAUGAAAAAGUACACUGUGACAAAGGAGAAGUAUGAAGGUGGUUAUUCAGACAGGAUCGUUAAGCCCCAGAGGGAUAAAGAUGGUGCUCUGUUAAAACAGAACAUGCGGGCAUUGGAUGAAGAUGGAUUUGCUGCACCAGGUCUAAUAAUACGCAAUCAUGAUAUCUAUGUGAACAAGCAAACUCCCAGAAAUACCAAGAGAGAUUCUGGUGCUCAUUUAACAGACAGGGACUAUAAGGACUCGCCUGCUGUCUACAAAGGUGUUGAUGGCGAGACCACUGUUGUAGAUCGUGUAAUGCUUUGUUCAGAUACAGAUGAGAAAUUAAUCAUCAAAUGUAUUAUCCGUCACACUAGGCGUCCAGAGGUUGGUGACAAAUUCAGUAGCAGACAUGGACAGAAAGGUGUUUGUGGUACCAUUGUUCAGCAGGAAGACUUCCCCUUCUCUGAGAGAGGAAUAUGCCCUGAUUUGAUUAUGAAUCCCCAUGGAUUUCCAAGUCGAAUGACAAUAGGUAAAAUGAUUGAACUUCUUGGGGGGAAGGCUGGCGUAUCUUGUGGUCAAUUUCAUUAUGGCAGUGCAUUUGGGGAACCAAGUGGUAAUGCUGAUAAGGUUGAAGAUAUAAGCCGUACUCUGGUAAAGCAUGGCUUCAGCUAUAAUGGAAAAGAUCUCUUGUACUCAGGAAUUUUAGGCCAUCCUUGUCAGGCAUAUGUAUUCAUGGGGCCAAUCUACUACCAGAAGUUGAAGCACAUGGUUCUUGAUAAGAUGCAUGCUCGAGCUAGUGGACCACGAGUAUUGCUGACCCGGCAACCUACUGAAGGGCGAAGUCGUGAUGGAGGCCUACGUCUUGGUGAGAUGGAGCGUGACUGUUUAAUCGCAUACGGUGCUAGCAUGCUAAUCUUUGAACGUCUACUAAUAUCUAGUGAUCCAUAUCAAGUACAGGUUUGCAGAAAAUGUGGCUUGUUAGGCUAUUACAAUCAUAAACUGAAGGCUUCCUACUGUUCCAUGUGCAAAAAUGGAGAAAAUAUGGCCAAGAUGAGGAUGCCGUAUGCUUGCAAGCUUUUAUUCCAGGAGCUGCAAGCAAUGAACGUUGUUCCACGAUUGAAGUUAACUGAAGGAUAACUUGAAAUACGAUGGUCAAGCAGAGCUCAAGCACUGUUGGUACAAGCUUUUGCAGCAAGAAGGCAAGCUGUAAACAUGUCGACGACAGCAAUGAACGUCUGAACCUAUACAUCAUUCAGGAGUCGGGAUAUGUUUGGUUUCUGUACAGAAGAGAGGUAGCUUAGAUUUCUUUCUUCAUAUGAGGGAGACAAAAGUGCAAGGAAGAAAGAGAAGCAUACCAACCAAUAGCUUCACAUGAGCUGUACAGUGGAAACGCUUUACUUUGUAUGCUCCAAUGUUAAUUUGCUUCCUUCCUCCUUAUCUACCAUCGUUUCCUUGUAUGCAUCCAUAGCUUUCAGGAAGUCAAUAUAUCAAAAAAGAAAAAAAAAAGCUUUGCGAAAAACUAUCUUGGACUUAAAUACCAGUCAGAUGUCUUGAUUUGUUC